UGAAUACUUUGAGACACACACAUGCACGCUGUGGAUGCAGGGGAGAGGGAGGGAAGGAGAGAAGCUUUUAGAGAUAGAAGCAGGCAGAGGAGAUCCUUGGCAAGCUAAAGAGGGCGAAAGAAAAGACCUGGAGGAGUCAGUUCAGAAGAAAACCUUUCUAUUUAGGACCAGACCGCAACUUCUAGAAAAGAAAAUCACAAUGCUUUGGAGAGUUAAGAAAAUCUGAGGAUUUUUUUUUUUCCCCUGGAACUUCUAGGAAUACUUUUUUGUAAAAGUCUGGAUAUGUGACCUUCUGUGGAAAUCCUGUUUCCUUCUGAACUUUCUCGCCAUCACUUUUGAGAAACCUUUUGUCAUCAUUUCAUCUGAAGAAGGGUCAAGCCACAAUGCCUACUGACGAUAGCUACCUGCCUGAUGUGCUGCCUCCUCUUCCCGAAGUCCCGGACUCCGGCUCAGACCUGAGCUCCGUUGACAUCCCAGCACGCUGCCUCCGCAACCCGGCCUUCCGCCACGCCUCCUCGCGUUAUUGCUCCGCCAUCAGCAUGGACUCCUCUCCUGACAGCGCCGAACGACCCAUCAGCUACAGCUCCACGUCCUCCUCCGCCUCCUCCAGGGACAGCCACUGCUCUUUGGGCAGCCGUUCAACUCUUGUCGCGGUCCCUCAGUGUAACCCCGUCACCCCUGACCGGGACUCCGGGGCGAUUCGAUUGGAACUGGUCCCGGCCAGGCAGCUGGGAUGCGAAGAGGAAUAUGAGGGAAACAAUGGAGACGGCAGCAGACAGACUGCUACAGAACAUUUACAACCUAAGUUGAGUCCAGAAGUACAAGAAAAGAUGAGCCCGGUGCAGGGACCCAGGACGUAUGUGGACCGGGUGGUGCAGGAGAUUCUGGACACAGAGAGAACCUACGUUCAGGAUCUGCGCAGCAUCGUAGAGGACUACUUGGAGUGCAUCAGUAACCAGUCUCGACUGGCCCUGAGCUCGGAGGAUAAAAGUUCGCUGUUCGGUAACAUCCGAGACAUCUACCACUUUAACAGGGAUCUUCUUCAUGAGCUGGAGAAGUGCAAUGCAGACCCUGUGGCCAUUGCAGAGUGCUUCGUAUCCAAGAGUGAAGAGUUCCACAUUUAUACCCAGUACUGCACUAACUAUCCACGGUCAGUGGCUGUGCUAACCGAGUGCAUGAGGAACAAGGCGUUGGCCAAGUUCUUCCGCGAGCGCCAGGAAUCUCUGCGGCACUCCCUGCCCCUGGGCUCCUACCUGCUCAAGCCAGUGCAGCGGAUCCUUAAGUACCACCUCUUGCUGCACGAGAUAGCCAACCAUAUGGAAAAGGACACGGAGACCUACGAGGUGGUGCAGGAAGCCAUCGACACCAUGCAGAGAGUGGCCUGGCACAUCAACGACAUGAAGAGGAAACACGAACACGCUGUCAGGCUGCAGGAAAUCCAAAGCCUCCUGACCAACUGGAAGGGCCCGGACCUGAUUGGAUACGGGGAGUUGGUUCUCGAAGGAACAUUUCGCCUGCAGAGAGCCAAGAAUGAAAGAACCCUCUUCCUGUUUGACAAACUGCUGCUGAUCACCAAGAAGCGAGAAGAAAUCUAUACAUAUAAGGCUCACAUUCUGUGCUGUAACCUUAUGCUGGUGGAGGUCAUUCCUAAAGAACCAUUGAGUUUCAGUGUGUUUCACUACAAGAAUCCCAAACUACAGCACACAGUUCAGGCCAAAUCCCAGCAAGACAAGCGUAUGUGGAUCUUGCACCUUAAAAGGCUCAUACUUGAAAACCAUCCAGCGAAAAUUCCAGCCAAGGCCAAACAAGCCAUUUUGGAGAUGGAUGCAAAACACCACCCUGGGUUUCACUACAGCCCUGAUGGUGAGAAGAAGGAUUCCCUUCAAACCAAGGAAGGCCCCACUCCUCGUCGAGGACGGAGAAAAGAGCCCCUCUCCAAAUUACUGAAGAAUGCAAAGCAGAAUGCUGCCAACAAUGACGGUGAAAAGCGUACCAGUCUAGGUGCUACCCUGCUGUCCCCCGUGUCCCAGCUGGCUCUGGGCACCAUUGGCCGCAGCCGCAGCUUGAUCAACCAAUCACAAGAGUCCCUGGACCCUGGAGAUCACUACGAGCACAGCGACAGGGAGGAAGGGGACGAGUCGCAUCAGCAGGAUGCUGACGAUGAGGAUGACAGCAUUCUUGGUCGUGGAAAGAGACUGAAAGUUCCCGGCAAAAGCAGCAGAAAGAGACUGAACCCUCAGGCGUCUGUUGACAGCAUAGAGCAGUGGAAAGCUUUUAACAUGAGUGCCUCAGACCUGCAGCGAGCCAGGGAAUCCCUAGUAAGGGACGGAAGUCACCAUCCUCCACUACUCAGGACCCCUCGUGUGACAGAGGAACCUCCAGACUCUCCAAUUCCUGCUGUAGUCGUGACAGAAACGGACCAUUCGGUGAGGAACAUUUGGGCUGAUCACCGGGCUCGCAGGGCCAUGUUCCCCACCCGACAGAGAACAAUGCAGCCAGACGAUGAGGAGGAGGACAUCUACCAAAUGUUUGUUCCCACAGAACCAAGCACAGCAGAUCCAGAAUCUCCCUCCGAGAGACUGGAGGCUCCGUCGUCACCCAGAACAGCCCGGCCUUGCAGCUGGCACGUUGAACAGGUGCCCACAGUUCAAGUUGACCCUCCCGCUGAUAACAGCAGAGUCCUGAGAAGGGCAAGCAGUGCAGGAGAGAAAGCCACAGAGGCUCGAGAGCGACCAGGGAAUGACGAGACUGGUCACAGCAAUUUGGAAGUGAUUCACACCGAAUCAUCCAGCAAUGACAUAUCUGGGUCUUCCUCAGCCGAGCAGCUGACAUUGGACGAUAUUGAAAACGUGUAUGACAACAUAAGCUACGAGGACUUGAGGAGCAUGGGUCUCAUCAGGAGGGAUGCGGAUGAAAUCCAGAUGCAGAAAGAGUCGGCGAGAGAGCAAAGUGCUGCAAAGGUCAGAGAGUCUCUCAUUGAACCAGACAGUUCAUCAGAAAGCAACCGGUCCUCCACACAAGACAUGAAGCCGUAUGGGAGCUGUGAUCUUAAGAUAGUUGAAGAAAAUAUAUAUGACACCAUCUGUUUCAGAGAGCCACCGUCAGUGGAGCUCAAGGGAAGCAAUGAAGGAAGUAAGAAAAAAGAAGAAAGGGGCAGUUUAUCAUCAGAGCAAGACUUGACUCAAAGUCUUGCAGAGUUUGUUUCUGAGGACAGCCUCCAUUUGAGAAAGAAUGAAGAAUCUGACGCAUCUAAUCUUGUCCUCUGCUCUGCGGAGCCAAAUUAUCCUGCCUCUGCAUCUAAAGUCUCUCCUCAGGACUCCAAGAGAGCUGAUCGGAUGUCUGAGGAGGUUGAUGAGCUUUGUAAUGACUUGGAAAACUACAUGAAGAACACCAAGAAAGCUGAACGACUUCCUGCUGCAUUCCCUGUGAAUUCCAAUGAGUCGCCUAAGAAGAUCUCGUCUGCUAAAAACAGCCCUACAAAAAGCUGCCCUGUGGUUGCUGCUCAAACUGCCAGCCCUACACGCACUAGCCAACCAGCACACCAACCCAAACCCCCACCUGUCACCUCCACACAAUCAUUCACCAUCCCAGUCAUCAACCUUCCUGAUUGUCAAAAUGAAAGUACCACUGAAGAAGAAAUCCACCGUCCUGCCCCUGCAUCCCGUCCCCUUCCUGCCACCCCGGAACCCCCUCCAGGCACAGUGAAGAGCAUCCGAAACAGAUUGGCGCGCCUCAGCAGCGGCAGCUUCCGCCUUGAGGAUGAUGAUCUGGUGGAGCUGCCGCAACGGACCGCUGCUCCAAGAGAGGGCGACCUGAAGGACCUCCAAAGUUUGUUUCCAGGGGAGCUGGCAGGGCUGGACUCCCCCCUAGCAAACUCAUCUUUCCUGCUGGCUGAGUCUGUGGACUUUCCCCUGGAGUUCAUGGACAAAACAAAGAGCCGUGUGUUCUUGAUGGCGAGGCAAUAUAGUCAAAAGAUCAAGAAAGCCAACCAGCUGCUGCGAAUGAGGAGCAUGGACCCAGGAGAUUCCUGCAGUCGAGCCAGAGCUGAAAGGAAACAGAAAGACCUUGCCGCCAUCUUGGAGGAGAAAAAACAAGGGGGUGCAGCUAUAGGUGCAAGGAUAGCGGAAUACUCUCAGCUCUACGACCAGGUGAUGUUUAAGGACACUCCUCUUUCUACCAGUCAGACCUCCGCCUCCUCGCAUCACUUCCACCCAGGCCUUCCGUCCUCUCCGUCAAUGCCGGAAACUUCUCUGGAUGAUGACUGGCUCCACUCCAUCUACAGCAACGGCGAGCUGGUGAACUUCAUGUCUUCAUCCAGCGGGGGAACAGACGCUCAAAUGUCCUCCAGCUCUCAGCACAGACUCACCCACACCACAUCCGUCCCUUCUCUCAAGACCACCCCGCCCAGUACGUCACAGAGGUGGAGCUCGUGCAUUUCCGCGCCGAGUGAAGAAGAGCAUGUGUACAGUUCCAUAAAGAGAAAUCCUUCCUUUAAUGCUCCCAACACAAAGUCUUCCCUGUCAGGUCAAUCUCAGUCAGCUGGUUCUCUGACAAACCCCCAGCAAGACAACCACCGGCAGUCUGGGCUCAGUUAUAAUGGACCCGAUGUGGAUCCGUCCACAGACAGACCUCGUGGACCCAGUCUGAAGCGUGCCGGUCGGCAGAGCAGCCUCCCAGACCAGACCACCCUGAGGCAGUCGGACCUCACCUUACACGAUGGCCAGCAGGUGGUGGUCCUGAACCGCGCUUCUGCUCUGAGUGGCAUCCUCAACGCCACUCAGAACUACUUGGCCAACUUUAAGGACAAUGAGGAAGAUGAUGACGACUACGUUGAAAUCCGCUCAGAGGAUGACAGUGAAGCCGAGCGCGACAAGUUGAACCAGGGAACCACAAGAUCAACUCCGAAUCGGAGCGCUGUCCAGUCCCGGAGUUUGCCGUGCACUCCGGUCCACUCCUGCCACCCGCUGAGGCCGCUGGAGCGUGAGCACUUGGAGAAGUACCUGUGGAGCGAGCCGCAGCAGAACCAACCCAAGAUCGUAAAGUCUCUGAGGGAGAAGUUCCAGUGUUUGAGCUCCAGUAGCUUCGCAUAAGGCUACAUGGAAACUAAAAACCAAAAACAACACACACACCACAUAUAGUUUGAAAGGGGACAGCGCUGCUUUGUGUCAAAUAUGCCACACCUUUCACUGACAAGAAAAAUAAAUAUUAAGACAAAAAUAAUACAUCUAUCAAAGCAAUCCUUGGAUUGCAGCUUUAUUUUUAGCGAACUGUUACAGAUAUAUUAAAACAGUAUAGGUCACAAGUAAAGGUCAAAACAGUACAUCAUUAGCUUUUACAUGAACUUCCUUCCGAAAAUUUGAAGAGGUGGAAUUCAUUGUGACGAAUUAUGAUUUUAAAACUUUUAAACUGCUUUACAUCUGAGCCUUGUAGAAACAUUUGCAAUCUAUUGUGUUGUACACAUGCAGUAGUUCAGGAUAUCUGUUAAUUUUGCUCUUAAGGACGACUGUACCUCUCGUCAUCUUUACAUCUUUACUAGAGCUGAAAGCGCAGUUACCGCUCGUCUUCUUAAUUGUGCUAUUAUAUAAUAUCGAACAGUUGUGAACAAACUGCUUUUACAAUACGAGAUUUGUGCAACUCAAGAUGUGCUGCUCAGGCUAGCUAGUCACUUUUAGGAUCUUUUAACAAGCAGGAAAUAAAGACAAAUAUUUGGGGGUAUUAUAACAUCCAGUAGGUUAAGUGUACUUAUACUUGGAAAUUUAGUCUAUUUUUAAAAUAGUGAGUCAGUCUUCCUCUGACUUUGGUCACCAAUAGGGAGUCAUGCUUAAAGAAAAAGGAGAUAUUCUCUAAUAAAUAAUGAGUAUAUAUUUCUUUUAAAAUUGAGUGCAUCUCUGAGAAAUGGUUCUUACAUGCAGUAGAUUAUGUAAGUAGAUGCCGUUUUAUUUUCCUUAAAUCUGCUCAUUUUAGUUUUGGUUUGAGUACGGACCACAAGGGUAAACAGGUGAAUUGGUUUUAAAGACUUACAGUACUGUAUUUGGUGUCUUUUGUUUCUUCUUUAUUCAAAUGCAAAUGUAUUUAAACUGUUUACUUUAUGGGACACUAUCGCACUACUGAUUUCACUUCCUCACUCGCAAAGAAAGUCACGUUACAAUAAGACACUUUAAAGUUCACAGUUGUUUUGUUAAGAAUUUUAUCCCCACAGUUGUUUGAUUUCAGAUAAAAUGAUGAGAAACACGAUAUAUGACUUAUUUGUUGAAAUGCGUUCCUGCUGCCUCACCAGUACCGCGAGCCACAAACUGUAAAUUAGAUUUAAAGAUAUUUAUUUUAAAAACCAGCUGUGCUUUCAUUUAGGGACUCAAAAUCUGAAACAAACUGUGAAUAUUUUUUGGAAAAUUGUAGAUUUUAAUGCACUAUUGAAUCACAAAUGACUUAAAAUAAAGAAGCACAUGGAGAAAAGGCUAAAUAAAAACAUCAAAUCCAAAGUAGGGAAAUGAAGUAUG